GUCCUUAUCUUUGGGAUAUUCCCGCGCAUGUGUAGUAUCCUAAAGUCCAAAGAAAAAUUGCAAAAUACCGUGACCUUGCAACUUGUCGCACAAGAAACGCGUCUGUUGCGUACUUGUGUUCGUCAAUCCUGAACCCGCAGUGUGGAGACAGCCGCCGAAUCCUUGUACCUAGACUUGGACCUCACAGACCGACCUCCUAUCGCCUACGGCGCGUUUCCAUCUUCCCAGUUACAAAUUCUUCUCAUACCCUGUCCUACCGUGCUACAACACACACAAACACACGCAACGCCACUCGAUAGGUCAGUACGGCUGGAAUUGGGUGGGACGUUGAGCGUCAUGACGAGACGAAUUGUAUAUGGCGUGGGACUCUGGGUCGUGGUCGCCGCGACUGCCCUGACACUGGCCUCAAUCAUCGAGCCUAGAUGGUUAAGCUAUAGACCCGAAGGCAACAGCAUACGCUUCUCAUACGGCCUGCACCGUAAAUGUUCCACCAUAAAGGGUACAUGCGAACCGUUCCCCGAGUUCGCCGACUGCCAGCUUGACCAGCGACAAUUCUGUUCAAUAUGGCGCUCUGUGGGCUUUCUUAUGAGCUUCUCCGUUAUCAUCGAGCUUGCAACCCUGGUCGCAUACAUCGUAGUCCUAGCAGGAGGAAAGCAAAAGCGAGAUCAAGGUUGGAAGGUCACAGCAUCUCUUCUGGGAUUUUCGGCUCUGGUGCAGCUCAUCGCUAUGGCGCUUGUGGCUUACGUUUUCGACUCCGACGCACGCUUCUUUGAUGGCUGGGAGCUUGACGCUUCUUGGAUCCUAUGUACUGUGUCUUGGGCUAUCCUCGGCUUGUCUGGCGUCGGUCUCGUCGCCUCUGCCAAGUUCCUCAAGGAAGAAGGCGAUUACGAGCUUAUACCUAAUUAAACAUCUUACUCGAUCAAUUCAAGGACUUGAGUUAUGACUGGACAGGCUCAGUCCGGUCUCCUAUAGAGUGCUCGGAUCUAUAAUCUCGGCGAACACGGCUCUCCUUGAUCGACUCGAUCAGACUAUCGCGUAGGCCAGCAGGGACGCUUUGUACGACUUAUGAUACCCAUGGUCAUUUACAAGAAGGCUGCAUAGUUUUAUUGUGGUGGAAUUGGAUUGGUGCAUUGCUAUUAGCAUUGUUUCGUUGAUUUGUUAUUUAGGCGCAAGGCAUCUCACUCGACUCCUGCCUUUGAAGCAGCACUCUUCAAGGGCAACGAAGUAUUAGUUACAUAAGACUUAUAUAUGGCGGAUAUCUCUAAUAUUAUGCUUAUUUGAUUGC